GGUUCCUGCGGUUCGGCCGGAAGCGGCUAGCAGCAUUAGCUUCUCCAGCUGCGUGUUGGUCAGCUGACUGAUCAUGUGACUCCCGGUCGGUCCGGUUCCCACCUGAGAGUAUCUCCAUUUCUCCUCGAACUACCCGCAGCAGGGAGGCAUGAAGCUGGAGACCCAGUGAGAAGCUGCUGGAUUCAACAAGCGAGCCGAGCCUGGUUCUGGUUCUGGUUCGGGCGGAAGUUUUCCUAAUUUGGGCUUGGAAGAUCCUCCAGGAUGGGUCCAGACGGGAAGAAGCUGCUGAACAUCGUCAUCCUCGGCUUCGGCUUCAUGUUCAUGUUCACAGCUUUCCAGACAUGUGGAAACAUUGAGCAAACGGUCAUCAAGAGCUUUAACAGCACCGAGUUUCAUGGAAGCGGCUAUACAAGCAUGGCGAUCAUUUAUGGCGUUUUCUCCGCCUCCAACCUGAUGGCGCCCUCCGUGGUGACGCUCAUCGGCCCGCAGGUCUCCAUGUUCCUCAGCGGGAUCCUGUACAGCGGCUACAUCGCCAUGUUCAUCCACCCGCUCACCUGGAGCUUCUACACAGCCUCCGUCCUGGUGGGCGUGGCCGCCGCAGUCUUGUGGACGGCUCAGGGAAACGUUUUGGCGAUCAAUUCCACCGAUCGAUCCAUUGGGAGAAACAGUGGCAUUUUCUGGUCUCUGCUCCAGUUCAGCUUGUUCUUCGGGAACCUCUACAUCUACUGCGCCUGGCACGGCCACGUCCACAUCACAGACAAGGAUCGUCGGACCGUCUUCAUCUCUCUCACCGUCAUCAGUUUGGUCGGCUGCUUCCUCUUCUUCCUGAUCAGGAAACCCGACCCGGAGUCUUCCUCCGGUUCUGAGGCGACAGAGUCUCUACUACAGACUGAGUCCGGAGACGGGUCCACAGACAGUUCAUCCAGACCAGAUCUCUGCACUCAGGCUCUGGACGCUUUUGUUCAGGCCUGCAGGAUCUCCGUCACCAAGGAGAUGCUGCUGCUGAGCGCUUCCAUCGGAUACACAGGUCUGGAGCUCACCUUCUACAGUGGCGUGUACGGAACCUGUAUCGGCGCCAUGACCCGGUUUGGGUCCGAUGCCAAGAGUCUGAUUGGCAUCUCAGGGAUCUGCAUCGGUCUAGGAGAGAUCAUAGGAGGGGGCGUCUUUGGGAUGCUAAAUAAGAAAAAUCGCUUUGGGCGGAACCCGGUGGUUCUGCUGGGCCUCAUAACGCACUUUGUGGCGUUUUUCCUGAUUUUCUUGAACAUCGCCAGUGACGCUCCGCUGGCGCCGGAGGGCGGCACGGAUCUGGAGGCCUUUAUCACACCCAGUGUUGCCGUGGCGAUGAUCUGCAGCUUCCUGCUGGGCCUUGGCGACAGCUGCUUCAACACGCAGCUGCUCAGCAUCAUCGGCUUCCUGUUCCGGGACAACAGCGCCCCCGCCUUCGCAGUCUUCAAGUUCAUCCAGUCCAUCAUGGCUGCCGUGGCCUUCUUCUACAGCAACUUCUUGCUGCUGCACUGGCAGCUCCUCAUCCUCGUCGUCUUCGGCUUCCUGGGCUCCGUGUCCUUCUUUGCUGUCGAGUGGCUGGCCGAGUCCAGGAGGAGGGACUCGGACUACGACAGCAUCUGAAGCGUCCAGGAGACGCCCAGAUGGACGGACGCCAGGAGACGCCGUCCUCCCAGAUAAAGUCACCUUGCUGGAUGGUGGAGGGAAAACCUGGAGCGGAUCAUGCCUGAGGAAGCUGCUGCUGUAGAUGUCUGGAGAGACCGUGGACAUCCAGGUGGUCCAACCUGUCUCUGGAGACGUUCCUCAUUUGCUUUAAACAGAACCUGCUGCUGGUUCUGGGUUCUCUGCAGAACCUCUGAGACCAGAACCAGAACAUCUCAGUUUAAAUGACACACUAACACACAGGUGUCAAACUCCAGUCCUCCAGUCUGCUGCCUUGCAACCUUUAGAUGUGUCUCUGCUGCACCACCUGAACAGAAUAAUCAGGUCAUUAAGGUUCUGGAGAACCGAUCGGCACAAGGAGAAGGUCAUGAAGCCGUUUCAUUCCAGUGUUUGUACAUGUGGCACAUCUAAAACCUGCAGGACUGGAGUUUGACACCCCUGCACUAACUGGAGCUGGGUUUAUUUAAGGGUGUCGGCGUCCAUCAGUCCAGAUAUAAAUGCACACCACACUUUUCAGAUUAUUAAAAUGUAAAAAAAAAAAAAAACAAUCAAUAAUUUCGGGAAUCUUG